UUUUAAGGAGACGACCAGAAAAAAAAGCGAUUUCCUUCCUUCUUUCUCGGUUGGGGAACUUCCGUCCUUCCCUGGAGCAGCCUCUCCGCCUGCACAGGCUCAGCCUCGGGACAGAAGCUUCCAUCCCAUCCCUGCGGCCCCGCAGGUGGGGCUGGCGGCGAUGGCCGAUGGCGAGGGUGGCCUCGGUGUGUUCACGGCCACCGCCCUGCCCGAGGACCCGCGGCUGCUGCCCACGGUCACCAACGCCUUCCUGGGCACCCGCGUGUUCCGGGACAUCCUGCACGCCGCCGGCGUGUACAGCGGGGCGGCGGGGGACACGCACCGCGCCGAUGUCCCCAGCCCGCUGGGGCUGCGCAUGGCAGCGCCCGGCGCCCGCAGCCCGGCCCAGAGCUUCACCCUCAACACCUGGACAGGGACCUUCAGCCACACGAUUCGGGCCCCUGGCUACACGGCCACCCACCAGCUGUACGCCCACCACUCCCUGGUGCACCUGAUGGCCUGCAGCGUCACCAUCCGGCGCCUGGAUGGCUCCACACAUCCCGUCACCGUCCAGCUCCAGAGCCUGUUCGUGCCGCAGAGCCAGGACCUGCACUUGAUCCCAGGCCCAGACUUCCAGGGAGCGCACUACAUCUACGGGCAGACGCUGGUUCCCGAGGUGGAGGGGGGCCCCCGUCCCACCGUGCACAUGCUGUGGACCCCCAUCCCGCAGCGGCUGACGCUGUGCGGGGGGCAGCGGCGGCGGCGCUGGCAGUUCCUGGCGGCGGUGGCGGGCAGCGAGGAGGAGGCGAAGCGCAGCUACAGCGCGGGGCUGGCGCUGCUGGCCGCGGGCUCGCUGCACCGCUCGCACGUCCGCGCCUGGGCCGCGCUGCGCCGGCAGUGCUCCGUGCGCCUGGACGGGCCCGCGGCGCUGCGCCAGGCGCUGCACGGCUGCCUCCACUACCUGCUGAGCGCCCUGCCGCCCCGCCGCGGCCCCGCGGGCCCCUUCCACGGCAUCAGCCCCGGCGGCUUGGCCAACGGCACCCGCGGCGAGGACUACUGGGGACACGUCUUCUGGGACCAGGACACCUGGAUGUUCCCGAGCAUCCUGCUGCUCCACCCGGAGGCGGCCCGCGCCAUCCUGCACUACCGCGUCCGCACGCUGGAGGGCGCCAGGCGCAACGCGCGGGAGCAGGGCUACGAGGGAGCGAAGUUCCCGUGGGAGAGCGCAGCCACUGGCCGGGAGGUGUGUCCUGAGGAGAUCUACGGGGCCCAGGAAAUCCACGUCACCGGGGAUGUGCUGAUGGCCUUCGAGCAGUAUUACUGCACCACGCAGGACCUGAAGCUGUUCCGGGAGGAGGGGGGCUGGGAGCUGGUGGAAGCCGUGGCUCAGUACUGGUGCAGCAGGAUGGUGUGGAGUGAGGAGGAGCAGCUCUACCACAUCAGAGGUGUCAUGCCCCCAGACGAGUACCACAGCCAUGUGGAUAACUCUGCUUACACCAACGCCGUGGCCCGGCGCAGCUUAAAUUUUGCCACUGACUUGGCUCGGGACCUGCUGCUCCCAGCGCCAGAGGAGUGGGAGGACCGUGCCAGGAAAAUCAAAGUGCCCUUUGAUGAGGAGAGGAAAUAUCACCCUGAGUACGAUGGCUACAGCCCAGGUGAGCCAGUGAAACAGGCGGAUGUGGUGCUGCUGGGGUUCCCACUGAUGCAUCCCAUGAGUGCCGAGGUCCGCAGGAACGACCUGGAGAUGUACGAGCCCGUCACCGACCCGGCCGGGCCAGCCAUGACCUGGAGCAUGUUUGCCGUGGGCUGGCUGGAGCUGAAGGAGCUGCAGAGAGCCCGGAGCCAGCUGGAAAAGUGCUUCAGCAACAUCACGGAGCCUUUCAAGGUCUGGGUGGAGAACUCGGAUGGGUCUGGAGCUGUGAACUUCCUGACAGGGAUGGGUGGAUUCCUGCAGGUCAUCCUCUUUGGCUUCACGGGGUUCAGGAUCACAAGGUCUCGCCUCCUCUUCGAUCCCGCCUUUCCCGAUGGUAUCACCAAGCUGGAAGUCUCCAGCAUCUCCUACUUGGGCAACAAACUGGAGGUCAGCAUCACCGGGGAGGAGAUCAGGAUGGAAGUGACUGAGACCUCCCGGGACCCUCCGGCGUCUCCGCUGGAAGCUGUGCUGGCGUCGGGACAGCGCUUUCCCCUGGGGGAAGGCCAGAGUGUCUCCUUCCCCACAGCCCCCGGGUGGAUCCAGAGGUCGCCCAGCAGGAUCCCCUAAAGCCUGACUGAUCCGGGUGCUGCCCUCCAGAGCAGCAGAGCCGGGAUGCUGCUGCAGGGGGAAGGGAACACUGGGUGGAAAGGGGGUGCCAGGCUGUGCCAGGAGGCCUUUGCCGCCCAGGACUGUGUGUGCCACCUGUCCUUGUGGCCCCAGGGGGUCAGUGGCUGGAGCUGUCACCACAUCUGGGCCCCCCACUCCCCUCCACACAUCUCUUACUCAGCACACAAGAGGAAACCAAGCCUGAAAAUGACCAUUUCAAUUGUGUUUGCUGAACACCCACGAGUUGUUUAUGCUCUCAACAUGUUUGUGUGUCUAAGGAAGCCCAUUCCUCACUCCAGGAUCCUGACUCCAGCUCCUCCAGCAUGUCCUGCCCCUGGUCCUUGCCUUCCCCAUGUGUUGCUCCGUGGGCUCAAAGGGCUGUGGAGGCUCAGCCAGUGCUGUUUCACCAGAUGAAUGAUGUUUUGGCACUAAAUAUUACUCCAAAAUAUGCAGCUGAAAGCCUUUUAACCCCGUGUGGGCAGCACACA